AUGUAUUCGCUGUCGCGCGAUAUUCCGCCCUUUUCCCACGCUGCUAAGUUGAAAUUAGAAGCGGCAGUAUUCAAUACAAAAAAGUGGGGACAACAUGGGUGCACAAUCCUUUGCGUUAGCAACGCGUCUCCUAUUACACAGGCGCUGGUUGGAAAAAAAAUAUACGAGAAUGAAGAUGAAGAGGAGCACUUCAAUCUUCUCAUGGCUUUGGGGCUCCUAGCAUACUUUAACAUCCACCAGCUUAUAGGCAACGUGGAUGAAUUGGCCAGCAUUCUACACUCUACCUUGUUUUUCAAAUGA